AUGGGUAUCCCAAAUGAAAAAUCAAGUAUUAAAAUUGAAACGCUCCGGGACUUCCUAACAUAUCUUCCUAUCUUGGCAGAUAAGGAAUAUAAUGAGACCGUCAGUUACAUACUAUGGAAGCUUCUUUAUCAAUGUAUUCAUACUCCAGAGACAGAUAUUAACUGGAGGCAAUUUGCAGAUAUCUUUACCUCUGAUAAUUGGGUGAAUGGUACAUACCGUGACACAUUAGCAUCUAUGAAGUGGAAGACACUGAAUCAAGUCGAGAAUUCAGAUAAUUUACAUCAAGGAACUAUGUGUAAUAGACAAUGUUUUCCAACUGCCACUGUUUUUUAUUGCUUUACAUGUACCUAUCAUCCGCUAUAUGAAAUAUGUGAUCUUUGUUUCGAUGAAACUAAGCACAUUGGUCAUUCGUAUGUGGCAAAAUUGGUGACAAGAUCUGAAGGGAGAUCCUGUCACUGUGGUGAUUCAAUUGCCUUUAAGAAUCCUGCAGAUGCCUUUAAAUGUAAAAAUGAAAUGAACAAUCUUCCUCCAAAUAAUGUGAGCGCCACCUAUGAUGACAACGCUCUAUUGACAUUUAACACCAUAUUUGACUACAUUCUCGAUAUCAUUGAUUAUUUAAAGGACCAAGACAGGAACCUAUCCCCUUACGAAUAUGACAAAUUGGAAAACUAUUUUAUUAAUAAUAAUGAAUCUGUAAGUUUUGAUCCUGUCUCUGAUACAGACGAUGAUAUUAGAGAAAUGGUAAAGCAACAGUAUGAGGAAAAUAUCAACUUAGAUAACAUAUGGACAAUACAAAUAGAGCAAACAGAUAAUCAGGUACUUCAAGUCGAUUUAAUUGAGAAAAUUGCUAGAAUAUUAGGUAAACCUACCGAGUACGCCAUAAGUAUAACGAAUAAAUUGACAGACACAGGCUCUCCAGUUACUAUGAUACAAUCCAAAAAUACCAUGAGGUUAAAGAAGAUAAUGAAAGAGUUUAGGCAUGAAAAUGUCAAUGUCCAUUUAAGACGAUUGGAUGAUGUAUUUAAACAGAGCUUAUUAGAAGAGCUGAUUGAUUGGGCUUAUAUGUUAUGUAUAGAUAGAACAACAUCCUUGGAGUUGAGAUAUACAUUAAGAUUGUCAAUGCUAAAGAAAUGGGAAUCGAAGGAUGUAGAUGGAAUAUCGAGUUCAAGCAUACCUCCAAGAAAGCAAAUCAAUUUAUUCGGCGGCUUUUUAAUAUCAGAAGAACAGAGAAAUUUGUUCCCCUGGUUUGCCCCAUGGUAUUUUUCAAAUCUUCAAGACAAACAGAUAAUAGAUGUCAUUUCAGAUUAUAAUACUAGGUUAAUGGAGUCUGAUACCAAGACAACUAUGGCCCAUUUUUACACGUUGCGAGGAUCUAGAUUUCAACAUAUUUUGAUGGAUUGUACCACUAAAUUAUCCAAACUUGCUAGUAAUAAAUUGCUCAAAAUAAUCUGUAGCUUGUUUGCGAUAAGAGACUCAUCCUCGAAGUGUCUGGCGGUUCAAUACCUGGAUGUUUAUCUUCCAUUACUUUAUCAAACCGUCGCUUUUGAUAAUAAUGGACUUAAAAUUCCAUUAUUGGGUUUACUAUCUCAGUAUACAUUGCAAGAUCCCGAAAUUGCAAAUCUUGCUAUACGGUCGGGGUUUAUAGAGCGCACACUUCGCUUUGCAUUCACCUUAAUGGCAUUCAACUCUGAGAACCUUAUGCCAUCCCUACCGAUUUCAUUAUAUCACAAAUUCAAGUUACCAACAGAAACAAUACAAAAUAAAAAAACAAUUGUUUGUUUCAAAGAUCUCUGCAUUCUAAUGUCUGUAAACACUAUUCCACAGGAAUUAUUAGAGAACGAUUCUUUGUUGAAUACGAUACUGGAGGCAUUUGCAGAGUUUGGAGGCAUUCUUCCAUUGAAGAGGGAGACCGCAGAACAUGUUGAAUAUGAAAAUUUUGAAUUUGCAUCAUUCUACUUCUUCUUUUCAUCGAUUCUAGUUAUGACUGACGGAUACGUGAGGAAUAUAUCGUUAGUGAAGGAUAAAGAAUCAAGAAAGAAUAUAAUUUUGAAAUUGUUGCACAUUACAAUGGAAAAAGAACUUGAGUUGUUAAACAGAUCACGAAUAAAAUACAAAAAUAAUGAUGAUUCAAAUGAUUUGAUUGAUUCAGAAUUGGAUUUGACAUAUGGCUUGCCGCUCGUUAAAAAAGAGAUCUGUAAUCACUUAUCAAACAUUAUUCACUUUCAAGUUGGAGUUGAUCCCCAAAGCUUUUUUAACCCGAUGUCAUACUUAUUUAAAUUUAUUGUUCAAUGGAGUCAAUGUGGUAGGCAUAAACCUUUAACACAAGAGUUAAAGAAAACUAUUGAUUUUACCGAAGUUUUUUGUGAUAAACAAAAAGCACUAUAUAUGUCAGAAUCAGCACUAUCAACAUUAGUGCUGAUAGGUCAGAUUAAUGUGGGCUUCUGGGUUCGUAACGGGAUACCAAUCACAUCACAGGCAAGAAUGUAUACUAAAUAUAGUAUGCGAGAGUUUACAUAUACAAGUGAUAUUUUCAAUGUUCAAUUAAGUAUGUGUUUGGCUAACCCUGAUGACUUUCUAGUUACUUACAUAUCCAGAUGGGGGAUAGAGCAUUGGGCUAACGGUAUCCCAAUCUGUGAUUAUCCAGAAGACCAGAUGACAGCAUCGAUUGUAAGCGAGUGUUUACUGCUCUUAAUACAACUUCUAACAGAGACAAGAUAUUUAACUAUGGUGUCAUCCCUUGAUGGUUUUGAGAAGACUUUGAGAUCUGAACUGAUUAACGUCUUAAAUUUUGAGAGUUGUACGUAUGCACAACUUGUAAGCAUAGUGCCUGAACAUAUCACCAAGCACCCAACUUUUGAUAUUUACUUGAAGGAGCUAACAGAGUAUACUCCCCCCUCAGGAAUAUCUGAUCUGGGGACUUAUACAUUAAAUGACAAGUAUAAAUCAGAAAUUGACCCAUAUUAUAUUGGUCUCCCAUCUAGUAAACGUUACGAAGUUUUGAAGCGCAUCAAACUUCAUAUGGCGAAAGAAAGGAAGGUGCCAUAUGAAGAUACUUUUGUUCCAGUAAAGCAAGUGAUAUCAUCAUUGAAAGAUACAAUAUAUCGGGAUUUGUAUUCUAUUACUUGCACCGAUACAUUCGGAAUUUUUCUGAAGAAUACACUAGAACAUGUCAAAAAACUGGAAUCAGACGUGUUGUUGACUAAAGUCAUACAUUUGAUCCAUUUAUGCAUCGUCAAUAAUUUAAAUGAUUUUGUCAAAAUAUUUUGGCGUGAGUAUGCUAUUGUCGAUACCGAAUUUUGCCAUUAUCAUAGUAUUGGGUCUAUUCUAUACUCUUGUCUCCUGGUGGAUAAUUUUUCAUGUUUUUCUGGUGAAAUUAAAGAAAUAUUUCGAUAUUUGGCUGAAACAGCACCACAUGUUAAUGUUAAUAGUUUUCUUCGAGAGCAAACACCAUCCUUCAAUCCAACUAUCGUUUGGAAAUCAGAGACUAAUAAGCCCAAUGAUGAGAAAUUUGAAAAGAAAAAAUUGCUGGCAAAAACUCGAAGAAUGAAAUUAUUGAGAAAACUGGCUAAACAACAACAGGAAUUCAUGCAUAAUAAUGAUAUCGAACUUCUCACAGAUGAUGUUUCCACAAAAACUUCUUUUUCAAAUACGCCUGUCUCUGAGUAUAACGAAGGGCAAUUCUCUGAAGAUUCAUGCGUCUUUUGCAAAAUGCUUCCAAACAGUGAUGACUUCGUCUACUUCACGUAUGAAGAGAGGAAUAUAUGCAAUUUUUCCUUUGAUUUAAGAUCCGUAGGUAGGAAAGAUGAGGGUUUAUGUUCUGAAGAGAGAAAAUUAAGAUGUACGGACCUGCGAGCCGUGUUGCGAUCUUGUGGCCAUGGUACCCAUAUUUCCUGCCUUGGUAACCACAUGAAAACGAUUAGAAGCGUUCAAAGCCAGACAACAAAGAACAUCCCAGCAUCUUUUGGAUAUGGCUUUCUUUACUGCCCGGUUUGCAAUUCACUCGCUAAUUCAUUUUUACCGAGACUAAGCCAAGGCAAUCCUAGAGCCAAUAAUGACUUUUUCAACUUUUCCAACUUCGAGCAUAUUAAGCAGACUUCCUUAUCUUCAGGCUUUACCCCUCAUAUAUUUCGCAUUUUGACUGAUCUAACUUACUCUGCCAAUUGGGAUAAUAAUAUUCCGAAGCGUGAGCGCUCGAUUAUUAUUAUCAACGAACUUUUGGUUAACACUGUAUCUAACAUUGAAUUACGAUUUCGUAAUUAUUCGGGAAAAAAACCACUUUAUAGAUUAAUUCCUAGACAGGGCCUCCUAACUGUUCGACUUCUGAGUGAUUUAAAAUCAUUUCUUUAUUCCAAGACGAAUAAUAAACGGAAUAUUAACAUAAAUCUGGUAUUGGAUGGAUGGCAUGAUUUUAUAUCUUAUAAUGACAAUUCCGAUCUGCUAAUUCUUGGAUGUGGUCUAAUGGAACCUGUAUUACCAACUGAAAACCAGAUCUCUCCUAACAAAAUUUCUCAUCUGACUCAUUUGUUGAAAAGAAAAUUUCAUCAAGAUUUGAUUACUUUAGUAAAAGACCUAUUGAAGUUUGGCAUUUAUGGACGUGGUAUUGAUUCCGCUGAACUGUGGCAAACGAUUUCUGAGUCUCAAUUCUUAGACAAGAAAGAAGUGUCUAUAAUUCAGAGCAUUGCUAUGGAAUAUUUUUCAAUAUUUUUGCCUAAGGAAGAGAAGGAAAUUCUCCAUCAGAAUUUAGACAAGCUGGGACAAUGUAUUACAGUAGCUCUCAAAAAAUCUUUGAUUGUCUUCUUAAGACGUCUGUACAUUCUUUUUUAUGUACAAUUUCCAAUAAAUUCUGAGCUCGAAUUACCUCAUAAUAAUAUUAUACUCGAACUGUGCUCGUAUAUGAACUUCUUCAGACUACCAAGUUUUGGAGAAUUCAUAUCUGAUUUUAGCCAAAAUGACCUUCCUAUUAUAUUACAAUGUAUUUGCGACGAUAUUGAAGGAAAGAGUGUUUACGGAAUAAUUCAAAGCUUAGAGAGGGUAGACUUUUAUUCCCCAGUGGCGUUUAAGCUAUUCAACUUGCCAAAGGAUUUAUCUCAUUUCUACUUUGACCGAGAAAGGCAAUUGCGAUAUCGAACAUUCAAGGAAGAGGAAGCGGUAUGCUUAUUUUGUGGUACAUACUUACAUGUCCAAAAACCCGUAUCUUUGCAUGGGUUUAAAAUAGGAGAGUGUACCAAUCAUAUGAAAAAUGGUUGUAAAGUAGUUUCCACGUACGGCAUGUUUCUUAUGAUUCGCAGUAAUUCCAUCUACGUCUCCUAUGGCAACAGAGGUAGUUUCUUUCCCACACCUUAUAUGAAUGUGCAUGGGGAACCGGACGAAGGUCUAAAAUACAGUCCACCUGUUUUUCUAGAUAAGAAAAGAUACAAUUAUUUAGCCAAUGAAGUCCUUUUAGGGAAUCUCAUCCCACAUCAUGUCUUUAGAAGGUCUGAUGGUAAUAUUGAUGAAGGAGGUUGGGAAACAAUGUAA